AAAAAGAAAAAACAAAAGUUUGCUUUGUUCCUACGAGCAAUAAUCUCCAGUGCCCAGCAACCACAUCCGCUUCUUCUUCUCCAUUGAUAUCCUCCAAUUCCUCCACCAUCACAAAAUUCCACCACCGCUCGAUAAUAUCUCUGCAGAAAAAAUACCAUUUUAUUCGAUUUCGAUUCGUUCGCAGAGACAUCGACUUCUCAGCUUUUUCUUAUUUGUCGGCAACAAGCAAUAAUCCGGCGCAUUUCUUUUUCCUGGAUUCUCGUUGAGGAGAGAAGCUUGUGGGUAUCUCAUUAAUGGAGAAGGGGAUCCUGUUGUUGCUGCUGGCGAUUGUGAUUGGGAACAUAACGUCUACUACCGUCGCCGCCUUCUCCGUUAGGGUUCCGAUUUGUGCUACGAGGUCUGUUAAAGAUUACGCCUUCGGGUUUCGAGAUCAGACUUGUCCCGUUUCGGGAGCUGUUGGUGAUGAAUUAGACGAGCGUCCUCAUUUUCUUUCCGUCACUGAGGGUGAUGAGCGUUGGUUGCAAACAGCUUUGGAUAUGAUUCAUAAGAACAAGUGUGACUAUGUGGCUUUGCUCUUUUAUGCGUCAUGGUGUCCAUUCUCAAGGUCGUUUAGACCAAGCUUCGAUGUCGUCUCUUCUCUAUACUCGUCAAUUCCUCACUUUGCAAUUAAGGAAUCAUCCGUCAAGCCAAGCACUCUAUCCAAGUAUGGAGUUCAUGGGUUUCCUACUCUCUUACUUUUGAAUUCAACAAUGCGUGCACGAUACCGAGGGACCAGAAUGCUUGAUUCUCUUAUUGCUUUCUACACCGAUGUUACCGGCAUUGAAACGCUGGAUAAAACUUCUCUCGAAAAAAGCGUAUUAGUUCCUCAUCUCGGGAACCAAAACAACACAGAGCCAGAAAACUGUCCCUUCACAUGGGCAAGAUCACCUGAGAAUAUGUUUCGACAAGAGACCUAUCUGACUCUUGCCAUUAUAUUCGUUCUGUUUAGAUUGCUCCACUUGGUUUUCCCUACACUCGUAGUGUUCACGAGAUUCACUUGGAGACGGAUUGCUCAGAACAUGAGACUAGAAAGCCUGCAGGAACAUACCGUCGGGUUUCUGAGCCGAACCGUUCAGUUAUGUAUGCAUCUUAAAGAGCCUUGCAAGAGGAGCAAUCUCCAGGGAGGAGCCAUGAACGCUAGAGCAUGGGCCUCCAAGUCUUUGGCUACUGUGUCAAUAGGGGAUUCAAGCUCAUCUAGCAGAGGAAGUUCAGCUUCUCAGUGACUUUAAAAUUUUAAAAGAGAUAGCAAAUGUGGUCAGCUAAAAAUGUUUGGCUGUGUUAGAAUCAUCUGUUAUACAGCUUUUCAAGAUAAAGUUUUGCCUCUUUCCUGUAUAAUCAGUAGUUCCUCUGGAGAGGGCUUAUUUCAAUAGCUGACACAUUUUGUAGCAGAAGUGUAUAUGUCAUCAGAUGGCAAAAAUUAUAUAAGUCAAUUCAUAAUUUUCUGUCAAUAUAUCAGAAUCAUUC